GCUUAAACUUCUAAAAUAUCUACAAUGCAAUCUCACUUCAUCACCACUGCUUCCAUUCUUUUGGUUGUCAUCGUUGCCUUCUGUGCCGCUGCCCCAAUGAUUGAGGAGCCAAAACUUGAAAAGCCAACCAAUCUCGAAAUUUUGUUCGCUAAAAUUGUGAAAAAGCAGAAUGAGUCCAAGCAACACCGUCUCAUCAACUUUAUCAGCCGUGCCAUGCCAGGAGGUGUCGAUGCUCCAAUUGCAUCAAUGGCUGAAUACGAGACUUUCAAAUCUGACAAAUCUGCCAAUUUCUUGAGCGACGGAGCCGGACACGUAGUUUUCCGCCAAUACAGACGUGCUCGUCUUUCUGAUAUUCUCCACAAUGUCAACCGCCGUGCUGGAGGAGUCUAAUUUGACCAUUCGAUCCCAUUGAUCUAGAUCAUUCGACCAUCCCCUCAGUUUUAUCAUUUAGUUUCCUUAUUAUCCUGUAAUAAUUUCAUUCUUUUUCCCCAACCCUGUCUCAUUUGACAGUUUCUGUACACUCAUUUUCCCCUCUCCACUGGACAUAUCAAUUCGCCAUAUCAGACGACACUUUCUUAUGACAUAUCAUCUUCAUCAUCUACCGACAUAUCAUUCGACACGGGUCCACCCACGACGAAAAAACUCUCAUUGUGUUCCUUACAUGAAAUGUUUCUGUGUACAUUCCGACUUCCUUUUUUUGUAUGUAUAUUUCGAUCAAGAAUAAAAUGGUAAAUUAAA